AUGAAAAAAGAAGAGAGAGAAGCUUGCUGGAAAGCGAAAGAACUUCUCUUUGAAUGUCUCGAUCAGAACAAGGAGGAUAUUUCUAAAUGUGAAGUAGAAUUUAUGAAAUUGCAAAAUCUUUGUCCGGAGUCGUGGAAGAGUUUUAAAACAAGCAGAAAUAACUUGGCGCCAAAAAAAUUACCGCGACCUCCUUCUAAGAGAUCAUCACUCAGCUCUGUUGGAUCAAAUGACUCCUCAACUAACGACUUUUCGUUAGGCCUUAGUUUUGGAAAAAAGAAAACAAAAAAAUCAAACAUGAUAUUUGGAGGAGACUUUGGUGAGGUAUUUGCAUCUGGAAAUGAUGAUAGUGACAACUCGGAAACCAACGAAGAUCUCACUUCUGUGGGAGGUUUUAAUUUAUUUGGAAAUAAGAGCAAAGCAGGAUCAGGAAAGUCAUCGAGAAGAAAUUCUACAAAAUCUUUAAAAAGUAAUGGGUCGUCCAAUGAGUCCUCAACGUCGCUCACCAAGUUAAAUUUUGAUAUUUUUGGAAAAAAGAAUUCUAACACGAAUACUGAUGAAACCAUUUCGACCUCUGGGUUUUCAGAUUUCGAUGACGAUGAAGUAGGAGAAAUGCUUGGGCUCGAUGAUAUCUUGCCGAGCACAAACAAACAAAAAAAGAAGGACAAAAAGAAAAAGUCUCCAAAAAAUUCCUCAUCAGAGGCCUAUUCUUUUGACACUACACGUACAAAACGACCCACUUCCAGCAAAAGACCUACUGGAUUUUCUCCUCCUGAAUCCACAACAGAAUCAAAGAAUGAUAAAAAGAAAAAACGAUCAUCUAAAUCGAGUGACGACUUUGAUUUCGAGGAGGACAAAAUGCUAGAGGAGCAAGAAAAAGAAAUUAUGAAAAUCAAAGAAAAAGAAGAGAUAGAGAAAAGAGAAAGAGAAGAACGAGAAAGAAAAGAAAGAGAGGAGCGUGAAAGAAUUGAGCAAGAAGAGAAAGAAAGGUUAGAACGAGAGGAGCGAGAACGUAAUGCAAAAGAGGAACAAUUGCGACUAGAACGAGAGAAAAGGGAACAAGAAGAAAAUGACCGAAAGGAAAGAGAAAAAAAGGAACGAGAAAAAAGGGAGAGAGAGGAACGUGAAAGAUUUGAAAGGGAAGAACGAGAAAAACAGGAGCGACAAGAAAAAGAAAGGAAGGAAAGAGAAGCCAAAGAAAAGAAAGAGCGAGAGGAACGCGAGAAGAGAGAACGAGAAGCAAGAAUGGCAAGAGAGCAAGAAGAAAAGAAGCGAAUGGAACAGGAACGCUUGGAAAAAGAAAGACAACAAUAUGCCUUCGAGAUGCAAGAAGAAGUCAUAGAAAGCGACUUUGAAGACUCAAUUAAGGAAAUUGAGCAACCACGAGCAGAGGAAACUGAUAUUGAAAAUUUUACAGAUUUUGAAGAUGCUUCUAACAAUACUGCGGAACAACACAACGUUGAAGAAACUGUGGAAGUAGAGGAGGAACAAGUAUUUGACGAGGAUUUUGAUUUCUCUGCAGAUCCUGUUGAAGAAAUGAAAAAGUCAUUGACUUACCUGGACCCAGAAGAUCCACCAAGGGUUACUAGACCAUCAUCAAACACUAUUUCUAACGGUUCCCUUACUUCAGUCAGCUUAAAGCCUCCAGCAUCACCUAUCAAGAGUAAUGAUCAACCACCAACCAUGGUGUCUAUGCAUUCUCCAAAACGAGACAUUUUUGGUGCUACAAAACAAAAUCAAGAAUAUGUUGUAAUGCAAAGGAGCCUAGUUAAAGAGGAUUUAGAAAACAUUUCUGGAAUCUUCAAACAAGAAUUCAAACAGGAAUUCUCCGAAGAAAGAGCAAAAUAUCUUUCGCAAAUCGAAGAAUAUCAAAAAACCAUUGAAAGACAAGAGGUUCAAAUCAAAGAAUUCCAGAAAAAGCUUCUGGAUCAGGAGCUUAAAGAAAAGACAUUGUUGAACGAGUUACGCCAGGAGCAAGAAGAAAUUAUUCACAGAAUGAAAAUUAAUUUUGACCAAGAGAAGCAAGCAACUGUUAACAAUGUUCGAAUAGAGUAUGAAUCCACCAUUCAAAAAUCUCAACUGAAAAUUGAGCAAUUGAAAGAAGAAGUAAAACAACGUGAUUUACGUUGGCAGGAGGAAAAUGAAGAGUUUUUAAGAAGACUUGCUAGAGAGAAAGAGCGAGCAGAUCUUACCAUUGCAACAGAGAUGGAAAAUAUGAAAAGACGAACCCAAAUGGAGAUUGAGCAAAUUCAUAAGUUACAUGAAAUUGAAAAAACUGCUUUACUAGAGCGCCAAAAGGAUGAAAUAGAAGAACAUAAGCGUAUUAUGAAAGAAGAAAUUCAAUCUAAAAUGAAACAUGUUGAAGUAGAAUCCUCGUUGAACGAGCUAAUUAAGAAAGUUGAAGUCAAUGCUCACUCUGUGGAGACAUUGCACAACAAGCUUUACGAAGACCAGAUGAAGCUCCUCAAACAAAAAGAAGAUCACUUGUUAGUCAGAGAGCGGUUAAUAGCUGAGAGUGAAAAACACAUCCAAAAGCAAAAAGAGGAGACCAUUGCGGAACGAACACGAAUUCAAACACUAUUUGUAGAAAUGGAAACAAAGAUGCAAAGCAUUCAGAAAAACUAUGAAGAGGAACGAUUAUUGACAAUGAAGAAAGAAAGAGAACUUGAAGAAAAGAAGCGAAACUUUGAAAAAGAGUAUGAAACAAAGAUAAAGGAAAUUUACGAAAUGAGGGAAGCAGUUGAUGAAGAAAAGAGCAAAUUCAUUGUGGAAAGACAACACUUCAUGGUUGAAACUCAAGAAGAGAGAUCCAAGCUUUCUAGAGCUCAAAAAGAAAGUUUAGCUGAACGUGAAUCAUCUAGAAUUGAGUAUUCAGCACGAAUGAAGGAAUUAUUCGAAAAAGAGGCCAAUUUAUCUGCAGAGAAGAAAAAUUUAGAAGAAGAACGAAGGCUCAUCAGAGAAACAAAAGAUCUCAUAGAAAGAGAACGUAAAGAUAUUGAGGAGCUUAAAUCCACUCUUUUGAAAGAGAAGGAAGCUCUUUAUCAUCAACAUGAAGCCGUUGCUCAAAAGAUGAUACAGGUACAAACUGAUUCCGAACAUAUCUCAGCCAAAUAUCACGAAAUUAUGAAAGAAAAGGCUGAAACAGAGAAGAUGAGAAAUGAAGCAGAAGCGCUCAACAGAAAUUAUUUAUUGGAAAAGAAAAAUCUUAAACAAUUAGAAAAACAAUUACAAGACCAAAGGAAAAUGCUUGAAAUUGAACGAUUGGAGAUUACAAAAACUAGAAAGCAACUUGGUGUUGAAAAGGCUGAAAUUGCAGCUCGAUCUGAAAGAAUUAGAAAAACUGAAACGACCCUCAAUGAACAAUUGAAAUUUAUGAAUUUGACCUCGUGUAUGGAUAAGAAUGACAUGGACGAAGAAGAAGUAUCUCCACCUAGAAACCAUAGAUACUCUCAACGAGACAGCUCAGAAAAGUCAGAGCUGUCUUACACUGAUGAUCUUAGCAACAGUAGUGAUGUGAACAGCCCAGCAGCAAAUGAAAGAAGGUACUCCACACCAAGACUUGAAAAACGAAGAGAAGAAAUAAGGCCAUCUUCGUCGUACUCUGGAGGAUGGAUUUCUUCUACAUACUAUGAUGUUGAUGACAUGAGAAAUGAAUGGAAAAUUAAGGAACAGCAAAAGUUUUUAGACCAGAUCAGUUUGCAAAAGAAAGUAUUUCUUGGUACCAACACAGAGAUGAAUUCGAUGGAAGCCGCUUCUAUUCCAGUCUCUUCAAGUUCCAUCCAUCCUUUCCAAAGCUCUUCACUCAAUUCUCAUUUCACUCCCCUACAACAAAUUGACAACACAACCACCACUCUCUCAAGCCAAAACUCUCCUCUCUCUUCGACACAAAGGCAAGAUGGCUGA